UGGCUAACAGCACACGACCUUGCACAUUAACAUUGGCAGUCAUAAUCGCCGACCCACAUCUCCCAUACUCGUGCAGAACGCGCUGCAUUGCCCUUACGAACUUGUGCGUUACAAUGGCCCAACCGGCUCUGAUCUCGAAUAGGGGUCUCCUCUUCAAUCGCGGUGGACGCAACGACUGACGCGUCCAGAAUUAGGCCUCGCACCCCGAAACUUUUCAAAACGCCGCGCCGCCGAAGCGAUCAGCAUGUCCGACAUUAAGAACGAGAGCCCCGCGCCGCGGGAGAAGCUUGAAGCUCAGAUCAAGUCUGCGGACAUGACCGAGGAUAUGCAGCAGGAGACCGUCGAAGUCGCACAGGAGGCCAUGUCCAAGUUCACAAUCGAGAAGGACAUUGCCCAGCACAUCAAGCGCACGUUUGACGAGCGCAAAGGUCCCACCUGGCAUUGCAUCGUGGGCCGCAACUUUGGCAGCUUCGUGACACAUGAGACCAAGCACUUUAUCUAUUUCUACCUCGGCCACUGCGCGAUCCUUCUAUUCAAGACUCAAUAGGUGGGGAAAGUCGAAUGACCUUGUGACGGGGCGUUAUGAGAUUAUGGAUAAAAACGUGAGGGCGCCUUGACUGAGGAGGAGGGAGACGUGUUCUUAUGGGAGCUUGGGUCGGUCGAGACAGGGAGUUCCAAGGAGGUGCAACCUACGUUGCGCGAUUAUCUGAACAAUAUCAGCAUGCGAUUUACUUGACAAGUGCCAUUCAGAUGUACGCACGUCUACGUAUGCUGGCUUCUGUCACGAACAGCCGGCAGUGUCUUUUGGAGUGUCGAUGCCGAGCCGCGAAAUGGGUGCCAAUCGCCGAGGAAAGCAUGUCUCAGGAACAGGAGCACAUCUCGGGAAGCUGACGAAACACGAAGUCCAGUCGUUCGUUCCCUUUGCUUCUCAGCCAGCCCCCUCGCGCGCCAGUGUAGCGCAUGAGCUGCCCACUUGGACGCUAUUUGAGCUGGGUACACGCAGUGAGACGAGACGCGGC